AUGACGGGCGAUCUCAUGUGGGAGCUGGACAUGCAACAGUAUACCGACGGGAACUUCAACCAAGACGGCGUUCAGGCGCGGACGGCAGACUAUCGUGAACGCAAGGUUGGGCUCUUUGGGGACUUUCUCGAGCGCAUCGGUCGCGGAAAGUACGUCGAGUGGGUGCGCAACGAGGAGCAGGGAGGGUAUUACGAGCUCAAGCUGGUGAUGAAGGCGGAGGGCCACCCGAGCGGGUACCGCGUGACGCUGACGGAGAGGACCGAGGGCGAGGAGGCGGGCAUCAAGUCGGCGGCGCUCACCAUCGACGGCCCGUACGCUUACGGCCACCUCAAGGCGGAGCGAGGCGCGGCCGCUGCCAGGGGCACGCACCGGCUCGUGCGGCUCUCGCCCUUCAACGCGGCCAACAAGCGGCAGACCAGCUUCGCGGGCGUCGAGCUGAUGCCCCUCCUGGGCGAGGAGGAGGCGGGCCGGGUGGAGAUCCCGCCCGCCGACCUGGAGGUGACGACGAUCCGAGCGGGAGGCGCGGGCGGCCAGAACGUCAACAAGGCGCGGAACCGCGAGAUUGCAAUCUCGAUGGUCAAGGCGCGGAUGCUCGAGGCGAUGGAGGCGCAGGGGCAAUACCUUAAAGAGAGGUUACAGGCGGGUAAGAUCCGUUAG